AUGUCCGAUGCUAUCUCCCCAUUUUCGAGACCCUCACAAACAACCAGUCGGUCUUCGUCUGCGUAUUUCCAGAGCAAUGUUCGUCGAUCUCACCCUGAGAGUUCAUCCUUGCCAAGUGGUCAUGGAAGCAGCCGACCUCAGAGCAGUCGACCUCACACUAGCCUCAGCCAUGGCCUCAGCUACCCUUCUGUGACGAGCACCGGACCCAGCACAUCUCGACCCCCGACAGCGCGCCCAGGAACUCGACAGGGCAUCCAGUCAGGUCGAAAGUCACGAGCUGCUGCUGCGUCGUCUGUUCUGGGUCUCACCGAGUCUCACAGCAUUGUGUGUGCUGUCAGCGAAGCCCGCAGCGUCUCCCCUGCGGUAGGCGUCGCGUUUGUCAACGUUUCAAUCGGUGAGGUCGUCCUCAGUCAAAUAUGUGACAACCAGUCCUAUGUCAAGACCAUUCACAAGAUCCAAAUGUCGGCCCCUUCUCGCAUUCUCUUCAUGGGUACUGCCUGUUCCCGAACUGCCCCAAGCACACUCUUUUCCCUUGUCCAGGAACUUGUACCAGAAGCGCAAGUUGACGCCUUGGAUCGCUCGGCAUGGUCCGAGAAUGAUGGCCUAGAGUACAUCCAGAACCUGGCAUUUAAAGAUGAUAUUGAGCCCCUGAAAGUGGCGGCUCAAGGCAAGUUUUAUGCCAUCAGUUCUUUUGCUGCUGCCAUGAAAUAUAUCCAGCAACAUUUCGCCAUCAAUUUCGUCCCACACUCUCUUCGUAUCCGAUAUCGACCCUCCGAGGACACCAUGAUGAUUGACAUAUCCGCAAUUCAGUCUCUUGAAAUCAUGCAAAAUUUGCGCAACGCGAAAUCCAAAGAAUCUCUAUUUGGCUUGUUGAACCACACAUCUACUCCUAUGGGAUCCAGAAUGCUUCGAAGUAACAUCCUUCAACCGCCGACACGUCCAGAGUCGUUCAUCAGCCCUCGCUAUGACGCGCUAGAGGAAUUGACGACUAACGAGGAGAUGUUUCGUGAGAUUCGGAAAGCCUUGAAGCUCUUUCAUGAUGUGGAAAAACUGUUGACCAAGUUGAUAAUUGUUCCUCCGCCUGGAGAUGUUCAGCAAGUUGAAGAACAGAUCAACCAGGUCUUGAUGGUAAAAAGUUUCCUCGAAGCCAUCCCUGAGCUGUACGCCGCCCUACAACCUGCCACGAGUGCCCUACUAGUGAAGAUUCGUGACCUCUGUCGUCCGGAAAUCAGGCGUCGAACACUCGACAAAAUUCGUAACAUCAUUGAGGCAGAUGUCACGUACAUGAAGUCUGCCCUCGACUUACGCAACCAGAGAACAUUCGCAGUCAAGGCGGGUAUUAGUGGAAUGUUGGACGUUGCUCGUCAAACAUACAAGGAGCUGACGGAAGAAAUCCACAAACACGUUGAUGAAGUCAAUGAGACACAUGGGAUCGACGCCAGUUUGAGGUACGAUAACGGCCGCAAAUACUGGCUUCGCCUUAAAGCUGCCGACUUUGAUGACCGUCCUCUCCCGGCCGAUCUCAUCCAUGCGAUUCGCAAGAAGGACAAAAUCGAGUGUCAAACCCUGAGCCUGGUCAAGCUGAAUUUGAGACUUUCAGAUACGUCCAACGAAAUCAUCAUCCGGAGUGAUGCUGUCAUCCAGGCUUUGGUGAAGGAGCUUCGGCAGGAGGCACCACAUCUUUUCCGGGUUUGUGAAUCGGUCGCCCUUGUCGAUAUGAUCUCGUCUUUUGGACAGCUGGCUACAACUCGAGACUACGUGCGACCUGACAUUGGUGGUACCUUGGCGUUGAAAUCCGCUCGUCACCCAGUCUUGGACAAGUCCAUGGCUGGCAACUUCGUUCCAAACGACUACUAUGCAACUGAACAAUAUUGCUUCCACAUCGUCACCGGGUGCAAUAUGAGUGGGAAAAGCACAUACAUUCGAGCUGUUGCCUUGUUGCAGAUCAUGGCACAGAUUGGAUCAUUUGUCCCUGCCGAGUAUGCCGCGUUUCCCAUCAUACACAACAUAUUUGCUCGUGUUUCACUUGAAGACAAUAUCGAGAGUAACCUUUCGACGUUCUCGGUUGAGAUGCGGGAAAUGGCAUUCAUUCUCCGAAACAUUGACGACAAGAGCCUUGCUGUCAUCGAUGAGCUGGGCCGGGCAACAAGCACCAGAGACGGUCUAGCCAUAGCCAUUGCAAUGUCUGAAGCUUUGGUUCAGAGCAAGGCUUCAGUCUGGUUUGCAACUCACUUCACUGACUUGACCCGGGUACUUGCAGACCGACCGGGUGUGUUAAAUUUGCAUCUCGCAGCCGACAGUUCCACCACAGUAGAUGGAUUGCCUCAGGUCACAAUGUUGUACAAGGCGACCGCUGGUGCGAUCAACGACGAACAGCAUUAUGGUAUCGACUUGGCACGAGCAAUUGGGCUGCCCCAGUCAUUCAUCGAAAAGGCGGAGGCGGUUGCAAAAGACUUGAGGCAGAAGAGAGAGGCAAGCAAGCGAAGUUCGGAAUCAACAAAAUUGUCGGCCCGACGCAAGCUCAUCCUGAAUCUCCACGAGGCACUGAAGCAAGCGAGGGACUCGGGCAGUGAGGAGGCUCUGCCUGGGUACCUGAGCCGACUCCAAGAGGAGUUUAUUGUUCGGAUGGAGGAGGUCGAUACGCUAUAG